AGAGGAUUGUGGAUAUGGUAGAAGCUUCAAUUUUGGUUAUCCUUGGAUUAUUAUUUUCUAAACGCCACCCCAGAAUUGGAAUUUGGAUUUUGGGCAUAAUAGGCGGAAUUUCUUUCUGCCUGAUUUGGACUCUAUUGAUUGGAAAAUGUGCCGGGUUUUGAACAUCUUAUUGGCUCUUCUGAGUCGCUUCCUGUUUGCGGUGCAUGGUGUGCUGACAGUGUGGCGCGUGGUGGAGGUGACAGGCGAACCUUCCUGUUGGAUGCUGCUGACGGGUGUGGCCCUCCUGGGGGUAGAGAUGGCCAUCACAGUCAAAUACACACGCAAUGCAGAAUGGAAAUGGUUCUCCCCUAUGAUCUUUCUAUACCUGAGCACAGUGAUUCCCUCUGUCUGGUUCCUGGAGCUGAAUCUCCUACAAUCCAACCUGCCAAUCAAUACCAGCACAAACUUUGACCCGCAUUUCUUCUCCCAGAUCCCUGUUACAAUGGGGUUGGUGGAACUUCAUCCUGAGAACUGGGUGGAGGCUCUGGAGCAGACCAUGCUGAUCGUUCUGGUUCUGGGUCGCUGGCUGAUGCCAAAGGGCGACAUGUCAAGAGACCAGCUCUCUCAACUCCUCAUGGUUUACGUGGGUCUUGGAGCCGAUAUCCUGGACAUCUUUGAUACUUUCAAGGAGCCACAGGUGAAGACCAAGAAGGCAGUGAUCAUUGUUGGGCUCAGUUUGUUCUCCUGGGCCUUGAUGCAGUUUCCACUUGUUCUUACUCAGACCAGCCGCCCCAAAGUCCAGGAGCAAGCCCAGUCCGAGGCCACCCAACCAGGGUUAGCAGGGUGGACUAUUUCCUGCUGCUCUAGUGAAGUCUGGAGCCUUUUGCUUACAGUUGGUCUGCAAGAUGGACCAUUCCUUAUUUACCGUCUGUACCUCAUGAUACGUGAGAAUGUUCUGAACCAGCUGAUGAUCUUCUUCACUUGCAAGAACAUCCUGAUUGUUUUACUGGAGGUCUACAGGAUCUGUGUUGUACACUUCGAGUACAGCAGACCUGAGGGUGGAGCCCAAUCAUGUGACCUAUCUCACGGCCAGUCAGAAUGGAAUGAUGGAGAGACUGUAGAAGCCAGCUGUCAGGAAUCAAUUUGA